UAACGCACGAAGUCCUCACCAAGAAAUACCCCUCAACGCAUUUAGAGACCAAUUGAACGAGCCGCAAAGAUGGCUCCACAGAGCCCGCCUGCAGAUGAUUUCGACGACUUGUUUCUCGAUGAUCCUGCUAUGGAGGCAGCGUUUCGGGAACUCGAUGCGAACACUGCAGCCCAAACUUCGCGAAGAGAUACAACGAGCAAAAGGAACGCAGUAUCUGCGGAUGCAGCGAUUGAUGAAGAGAUUAAGAUUGUCAAGAAGAGACAGCCAAUUCCGAAAUUGGACGCUCCACUACUGCUUUCCCCAGCAGGCAUACCGAAACUAAGGAGGAUAUCCAAGGAUCGCCUGAAGUUCAAGGGAAAAGGCCAUGAGUAUUCAGAUGUUGCUCGCCUUCUCAACACGUAUCAACUUUGGCUGGACGAUCUCUAUCCUCGCGCGAAAUUCGCCGACGCUCUCACGAUGAUUGAGAAGCUUGGGCAUUCAAAGCAAUUGCAAAUGAUGAGGAAAGUUUGGAUAGAGGAGGGGAAGCCUAAGACCGCUGUUGAGUCAGAGGAAGAUAUGGACGGCGAUUUACCAAGGAAUCAAUCAUCGAACCAAGUCCUACCGGAGGCGCACUCAUCAGUGGUGGUGCCGAGAGACCAAGAUUCAAGAAGUGAGAGGGCCGCAGUCUCAUCUGAAAGACAAGCGACCGUAGAAAGGGACGAUGUACCCGAUCAGGACGAGCUGGACGCUCUGCUCGCGGAGGAGGAAGCCUUGAUCAUGAAAGCCGAAUCCAUGAUGAAGCCUGCUCCUAGGGUUCCUGCCCGACCCGCAAGACCUGCAGCCCCCCUAGAUGACGACCUUGACGCUCUGCUCGCGGAAGAGGACGCCAUGAUGAUAGAAGCUGCCUCGGCAGGGAAGACUGCUUCGGUGAUGCCUUCGAGACCUCCAAAGCAUUCAGCACCACGGGAAGACGAGUUUGCCGACGAGUUUGCGAAUGACUUGGACGCUAUGGGGGACAUGUGGUAGCCUUUGCGAGGGAGGGCUUGGCAGAACAUGGAAUUGGCAUAGCAUGGCACUGGCAUACGGAGGGCGGAGUUCUGGGUCCUGUAAACAACAGACGAUUAUGAUUAAUGUCCCAAGCAGCGAUUAUAUAUAUCAGAGUCGUCAUUGCAAACUAUCUCGCUCUCUUAUAAGCCUCUUUUUCCGUUCUUUACCUGUGUUUUGUAUGUCUUCUCCCAUGAGUUCCCUUUCAAGUGGGUGUUUCCAUGUCCCGAUAAAGACUAAAGAGCAGACAGAGAAAGACCAUGCAUGUCCAUAAGCCUUGCUGUAGACUACCCCUUGUAACGAUGUAAGAG